ACUUCCAAUUUCAUUUCUGCUUCUCCAUCCUUCUUUUCUUUGCCUUCUAAAUCUGCGCAAUGCGGCCCUAUGUUCACCCAACUCUCAAUUUUUUCACUUUCAAAACACCCACUAUUUCGUUGCCUCGAAAGGGUUUUUUUUCAACCCAGAAUCGAAACCCCCCAGAUGAGGGCCUCUUUGUCACCGCCCUCUGGCGAGAUUCAUGUCAUUCUGGGGCCGAUGUUUGCUGGGAAAACUACCACUCUUCUUCGGCGGAUUCAGUCCGAGAGCUGCAAUGGCAGAAGUGUAGCUAUAAUUAAGUCGAAUAAAGACACAAGGUAUGGAUUGGAUUCUAUUGUUACACAUGACGGCAUGAAACUCCCUUGCUGGGCAAUACCAAACUUAUCAUCUUUCAAAAAGAAAUUUGUCAAGCUAGAUGUGAUUGGAAUUGAUGAAGCUCAAUUUUUCGACGAUCUAUAUGAUUUCUGUUGCGAAGCUGCUGAUAUUGAUGGCAAAACAGUUAUAGUUGCUGGGCUGGAUGGGGAUUACUUGAGGAGGAACUUCGGUUCAGUUCUCGAUAUAAUUCCUCUUGCCGAUUCUGUAACCAAGUUAACUGCUCGAUGUGAAAUCUGCGGGAAUAGGGCUUUCUUUACUUUAAGGAAGACACAAGAAAAAGAGACUGAGCUGAUUGGUGGUGCUGAUAUGUACAUGCCCGUAUGUCGACAACAUUACGUCAGCGGGCAAGUAGCGAUAGAGACAGCAAGAACUGUAGUAGAAUCACGCAAGGUUGGGUAUAGGACUCCAGCAUAGUUCUUAGUAGGUAAAAGUAGGUCUUCGGCAUCAUAUACAUCCCCAUGGUGAGCAUAGUUGUAGGGUUAGGGAUAUUGUUUUGUUUAGAAACUGUAAUUGAGUUAAUUAUGCCUGUAUUUUGAUGGCUGCUUUGAUUGAUUGGAUUAGAUGGAAGGAAAAAACGAGUCAAAUGUUGUAUGUAACCAACAAAAUUGAAAACUAAUACAUUAUUGGGGGAGGAGACAUUCAAAGUGGCAACCAUGUGUUAGUUUGGGAAGUUGUUGAUCAGCCAGCUGUUUAGUUUGUUGAUUGUAAUUUCCAAUAACUAAUUUUCAUA